CGUUUAUUAUUUUUAUAAUUUACACCGUUCUUGUAUUUUCACAUUCCCUUUACAUUCAAUUUCAAAAUAAAAUUGCAUCGGUAACUAUUUAUCCAGACGUAGGUUAAAAUUGUUUUUAUUUUGACGUGUCAAACAGUAAUGACCACAAUUCUAGAAACGUCUGAUCGAGCAUUAAAAAGAUAAGACGUACAUUUAUUAACACUCGUUUUGAAUUUUGUCUCCUAGGGGAAACUAACACAUGCACAUAGUUGGCUCAGUUUCGUUGUUACUAGCUGUAUGAAAAGAAUACAAUUUACAAAAAGAAUAUCGAGGUACCACCGUCUGUUGUGGGGUAGUCGUAAUAAAUAACAGGGAGCCCACAUCGAUAUCACUGGUACGUCGGUAUUUCAGAAACCGGCUGACCUCCAGCUUCUUUUACCGAGCCUCGGAUUCUCUGCUCGUUCUCUAGUUUUACUUGCCUGUACUAGUCGGCGCACACUUCCCAAUUUCAAAUGUUUAAAUCACAAUACAAGAAAUAUACAAAUUAAAGUAUGAAAGUAAUUGAUCAAAGUAUCUUUGUUAUUAUUCACUCGUACGAAUUUUCUAAAAGACUGUCUUACGUAAAUAAGUACAAGUAUUAGAUUAUAGUUAGAUUUAAAAUGCGCAAAAGGUACGGUAGCUGUCCAUAGCAUACGUUUUUCUAUUCUUAGUCGCGUCAUCGAACUCGGCCCUUAAGAAUGUUAUUAUAUUUACAAUAGCCGAAUUUGAAACGGACUUCUCGCUGCUGCCAGAGACCGUUCAUAACGUUCCGGCUCGAACGUACGAAGCGAAAUUUCCACGAUAGCAUAGGUGGGAUAAAUUUGGAACAACCAUCUCGGACGAAACACGGCUGUGUUUUAUGUCAGUUCCGUAGUCAGUUUCGCUUCUCGAACGCCGAGAUGGAGAACCCGAUAAAUCGCGAUAUUUAACGCGAUCAGUGACAAAGGACUGUAACGUUUUUCGAGAGAGCGUCCCAGUAAAUAUUAACAUUCCAGUUUAACAAUAGACUUCGCUAAUUAAACGAAUACGCGUGAAAGUAAAAUCGAACGGACGUAACGAAAUGAUUAAGUUUAAACGAGAGAGAGCGUCGUGAAAAUCAGUUGAAAAUGCGUGGUCUUCGAGAACGUAAGUAAAAGUGUUAAUAUAAUACAGACGAGAGGGUGGUUCGAAGCUGGGAGCACGAUGUCACGAUCGAGAGCGGAAGCGUUCGAGAUGACGGAGACCGAGAAGUCUUCCAAGUGCGUCAGGUUCCUCCGCCUCCUGUGGAAGUUUUUCAGAUGCGUUUUUUCCCACGUGUCGUUGGUCUCUCUGGUCGUGUUGUACUGUCUGAUCGGCGCGUACGCUUUCGAGGCCCUCGAGGCGGGCCACGAGAAAGAGAUAAAAAAGAGCAUCAAAGACAUUCGGGGGGACGUCGCGGAGCAUCUAUGGAGGCUCACGAAGGAGGUGGAAGUCCUCAUUCGCGAGAACUGGACGGACAAGGCGUUGCGCGAAUUACAGAACUUCGAAGAGAACCUCGUCUGGAUGAUGGAAAAGGAGGGGUGGGACGGGAGCGAGGGUGAGGACGACAUCCAGUGGACCUUCGCCGGCGCUCUGUUUUAUUCGAUCGUGGUCAUCACCACUAUCGGUUACGGUCACAUCGCACCGAAGACCAAGAACGGGAAAGUGGUGACAAUAUUCUACGCCAUCAUCGGGAUUCCCCUGAUGUUGCUCUGCCUCUCGAACAUCGGCGACAUCAUGGCAUCGAGUUUCAGAUUCUUGUACUGGAGAGUCUGCUGCUACAUAUGCACUAAGCCACCGAAGAAAAGACGACCCAGAGCCCACUUCGUCAGAUCUUAUUCCGUGCGGCAACCAGGGCGGUACGGGGGAAGCAAAGGUGGGUUCCGGCGAUCGAUCAGAGCGAGUGAAAGGUCCGCAGACUCGGCCUUGGGCUUGUCCGAAACUCUGGCGAGAUCAUCGUACUCCGAAGUCGAUUAUAAUAAGUAUGCUCGUCGAUACGAGGAGAGAGAUCAGAAGAGGGCGAGCACCUCCUGUCCGCCAACGGGAAAUCCGAAUCUCGGAUUUAAGUCCGCCACCGUCUCCAGAUACUCGGACCUAUUGGCGAAACCGUCUAGAGGUAAUAUUCGCAAACGACGCGACCCACUCGCGGAGAAAAGAAACGUUGUUAAACGGCGAUUGCGUUUAGCCAGUCCCAAGAUGACCACGCAAUCGUUGGACAGGAAGUUGCUGCGUUCGCCGAACGACAACGACCGCUCGCCGGUUGUGUGCAACAAAUACGCGUUGGACGAUCUGGAGAACGAGACACGACGAUGGCGAGCUUCCGCCGAACACGAGGUGGGCAAUUCGAGGAAAUCACGGCAGGGGCCACAGGUGAUAGAAGCCAGGGACGAAAACGUGGAGGGGCCGGUACCAUUAGUGACGAGGUCAUUGCCCAGAAGAUGCUUGUCGGUGGAAAGCGCGACCAGUGGCUACAGGAACAACGUACCGACGUCCCUGCGACGACCUUCUUCGGUCUACUUGGAAAUGGACUCGAGGAGGUCCCAACAUUCUAGGAGUAAACGAUACAGGAGCAACUAUCCCGUUGCUCGAUCUUAUAGAAGAGACACGCUACCAGCGGACCUACUGUCCGCGCCUGGAUUCCCUCGACAAGUCUAUCUGGACGAAUUCGAGUCCGAUUACGAUUAUUACGUGAACGAUGACCAGGAGAGGCAACCGAUAAGGCCGGUGCCGAUUUGGCUGUGCGUCUUCUUGGUGGUCAGUUACAUCUUCGGUGGUGCCUUCCUGUUCAGCGCAUGGGAACACUGGCCUUUUCUCGAUUCCGCGUAUUUCUGCUUCAUCACUCUAACGACUAUAGGAUUCGGUGACUUCGUGCCAGCUUACAAAUUGGACGCGCACAAAGGGAUCGCGGUUUGUUCGUUGUACUUGUUAUUUGGAAUUGCUUUGCUGGCGAUGAGCUUUAAUCUGGUGCAAGAGGAGGUCAUCAACAACGUGAAGAACGUCGCGAAGAGGCUGGGGAUCAUCAAAGAGAGCGACGACGAGGAAGACGUCGAUGACUACGACGCGUACGACGUCGAAUACAACGACGAGGUCGUCGACGACGAGCUCGAGGGCUACGUUCUCGAUGCCCCUCGAUCUCACUCGAUGGCUAGAAAUGUUCGCGGAAUUUCGGUCACGUAGAAUUCAACCCGAAUUUCUUCUCAUUCAUCGACACUCGUUCACUUCACGUCGUUCCCCGGUCUCCUUUCCCUCAUUGUUCGUCGUCGUAAUUAAACCCGUUUAAACGGGACAACUGAGGAGAAGAUCCUUUCAAAACAAUGAACGAACGCGAGAUUUCUCAGGCGCAAGCGUCUUUAACAUUUCGUUACUCCUCUGAUACUCGGAUUUGUAUCUAUGACAAAUUGUAAAAUGCAUGCAGUACGAAUAAGUGUUUUGUCGAAAUAAACUGUUGUACAAUAAUUUGGAAAUGAGUCGUUGCGAUCCAAAUUCAUCGACCGUUCUAGGAACGCGUAACGAGGUGGAAACUCGAUUCAGGGAAUUUCCCGUCACGCAACUAAGGUAACCGACGCCGCAAUCUCCCUUUCUCUCUCGCAAAGUGAUUUAACAGAUUCAAACCUAAAUCGUCGCCCUCGGUCAAACGGAAGACGAGGAGAACGUAGCGUGUACGUUGAAAUGUGAAACGAGCAUGUAUCUACCUGGGAGCGCUAAUAAUAAAUUUACAAGGUGCGAUCGAGACGUUCCGGAGAGCUCUGGGGAUAUACCGGGUGUCCAGGAAGCCGGAACCUGGUCAGGGACGAGCCUGGCUAUUAUUAGAGCCGGUCUAUUUUCAGUACGGCGUGUCGAACCGAGUGACACGGAAUCAGUGCACGGGGAAGCCUCAGAGAAGCGGUUCGCGUUCUACCAAUUCUGCGUUCGAUCGCGAGAAAUCGGCAAAUCGAAACCUCGAUCUCGAAUCCAACCGAGUUUAACGUUCAUUAUAUCGUUUAAAAGAUCCGCAUGAUCGGUAGAUGGACGAUUCGAGUUAAAAAUCGCGAACAGGUGUUUAAGAGAAAAAGAGUGUGACGAAUUAUCGUUUACAUUUAGGACUCUACUCGAAUCUAAUAAAAUCGUGUAACCGAUUUGGAGAAAGUGUCGAUAAAGGCAGAAGUAGACGUCGCGAUAUGUGACGAGAUUUUUCAAACGAUGUUCGACCAUCGUCGAAGAUGAUUUACAAGAAGAAACAGAGGACAGUGGUACGCGAAAGAGUGGAUCCAGCAGCAUGUGUCAACACGUGGCGAGUCCGUCUUGACAGAGCGUCUGACCGGAAGCCACGAGCGUGUCUAUAUUUAAAACGCGACGCGAGGAAAACAAAUUUCCCACGCGAAACUACUGACUACGAGGAGAGAAGGAAAAGGAUUGAAAUAAAGGGAGAAACCGUAUCGCUCUCGACAGCGAGGGAUAAACAUAGAAACGAAAUGAACAGAAUUUGGUGUUGGAAGAAAGCGUACGGACCGUUCUAUAUUUAAAGCCUCGGACGACCACCGAAACGAAAAGGAGAACAAUAAUUUCCAGGCAGCUGGGGGAGAACAUCGCCCGUAGAAUUUUAACUCGGAGGGAAAGAAAGUUGCAAGAGCCGGUCGUGUGGUAAAAGGUCUGACAAUAGAUCUCGUUAACUCGUUUACGAUUGUUGUUCGUUCGGGAACGAAAGUCGAUACCCGGCGUCCGAGGCACAGAGCUCGCGAAGGGAAGCGAAAGGGUCAGCGACGUUUCCUAUCAAACGCGACCGUGUAAUCUCACCGUUCCGCCGGGUCACCGAUCGCGUACAGUCCCGCGAUACCCUUUUUAGCAUUCGACCGUGUUCCCUCUCUAUUAAUUUAUAUCUGGAUCAGAUCGCGGACGAUCGGACGAGCCGGACAGACUUCGUUGCCGAACACACAAAACGUGGAGAUGGACUGGAAACGAUCCAGCUCGAGUUCGCCCGAGCCAGUAGAUCAGUUCGUUAGCCCGAUCAACGGACCCAUCAGCAGCUUCGCUCCCAUGUCCCUUUUCCACCCUCCCGAGAGAAGACGAUGGUCAAACCUUGGUUGUUUUAUUCAUAAUCAAUCGCCGUGCGUUCGAAUCAG